AUGACCUCAUUACAGCCUUGUCCUUACAAGGUCUUGGGUGUCUCCAAGGAUGCGCAGUUGUCCGAGAUUCGAACUGCGUAUCGCAAGCUUGUACUCAAGUGUCAUCCUGACAAGGUCCAAGACCCGGCUUUGAAGGCGGCCAAGCAAGAUGAGUUCCAGAGGGUUCAACAAGCUUACGAGUUAUUGGGCAGCGAAGAAGAACGCUCCAAAUACGACGAUCAGAUCAAAUUGAUGGAACUCCAGCAGAAGAGACGGAAUGUCGAAGCCAACACAUCGGCCGCUCGUACACCUCCUCGCUACUAUGAAGUCCGCACUGCAGAGCCCCGACCCGACUCCUACAAGACGAAGACAUCUACUCGCGCUCCUAGCACAACCGGCUCCAAAAUGUACUCAAAUUAUCCGCCGUCUCGCUCCUACGAGGACGAAAUUCACAGUUCUGCCCGUUUUGAAGAAGCUGCGCGGAGCGCUCGACGUGCUGCUUCCUACGACGACAAGUCUUCGAAGCGAGACGAUGAGCGAGAGCGUGAUCGCGAGCGUCGACGCAGGAAGGAAGACCAAGAAGAGAAGGAACGGCUUUUGAAACAGGCUGACAAGGCUGCGGAGAAAGAAAAGGCGGCGGAGAAAGAAGCUCGCCGUGCCGAGAGGAAACGACUAGAGAAGCUGCAGGAGAAAGAGCGGAGGCGAGAGACGGAGGACAAGCGCAGCAAACACAAGUCGGCCUAUGUGGAACAAUACGAUGACGAGGACUAUCGCUCACCUGCCAAGGUCGACAGGAAGAAGUCAAGUUCUUCUUCCAAGAAGCACGACGACAAGGAGAAGCGCGAACGCGAACGCCUCUCCACUCACGGAGUUGAGCCGCAACAAAUGGACAAGACCCAGAUUGCAAUGAUGGACGCUGUCCGUUACAUGACCUCCGCGCGACAGAAAGCUCAGCCGCAAUUGAGCCGGUCCCAGACGUACCAAGAGCCCUACCGACGCUCAUCUGAAGCCCCCAAAGUUCGAGAGAAGUCCAGUCACAAGAAAUCCUCAUCUGGACCCAAGGAUGCCCCCGCCACAAGCCCGAUUGCGGUCGAUCUGUCCUCCGCCCGUGUGCCCCCGUCUUUCUUGAACGCUGGUACCACCCCUCCGAUGGUUCCGGAAUCCCCGCCGCGUAAGACGCAGCUCCCUAGGGCCAACACGAUGAGGGAGGCAGAUUACGACCGACCAUCGCCACAACCUACAAUUUCAAGGUCACAGACAUACCACUAUGCCGGCGAUCAUGACAUGCAUUCUCCUGCGAGCGCGAAUCCCCGCGGCCGUAGCCGGAAUAGCUUCCAGCCGCAGGUCAGCGAAAGCGACUCUGAUGACGAGGAGCGCCGCUACAGGGAACCUCGCCGACGCGAACGUCGCCACAAGACGCACUCUCCGGAACCGCUCCCGCAGGAUUAUCCCCCGCCACCUCCCCUGACCCGCGCCACGACGGCUCGAUAUGCCGUCAACAACGGGCGGACAGUCCCGAUGCAUGGGGAGCCGCUCUACCCCUACCGCGAUGGAUCCCCUCCCAGGAAAUCAAAGGGAUCUUACUACCCUUCUGCACACGUGCGCGUUGCCGAAGUCCGACCUCAAAUGCCUUCCCGCGAGGGCGCCUACUCCAGCAGUGGCGGAGGUCCCUACUUCGGGAAGGUCAAAACUGCCAAGAGCUACACGCCCGACGAUGUGCAAUACAGCAACAUCCCCCAUCACCGAGGCUACCACGAGGAGGCAUAUGCCUGA